UCUGGCAAGCAGCCAAGGCCCGUUAAACAAAUUCAGCCCGCGCUUGGGUCACAUCACCUCUGUCACGGUCACGAGCAGUCACAUUGCGCUCGACACGUUUGCAUUGUGCAAGACAGAACCAAGUCCGCAACCCAUCACUGCGAGCGGAACGAUGCUCACACUCGGAACAAUUCUUUACGUUUCGCUCCUUCUAAUUAAUGCAAUGGCAGUCCUCAGUGAGGACCGAUUCCUUGCGAAAAUCGGCUGGUCCUCUGUUCAGAACCCUAACGCUGGUUUUCAGCCACCAUACGAUCAAUCAGGGUACGGAUAUACCCAGCAACAAGAUGCUGGUGUCAAAGUCCGAUUAAUCAACCUCAUUAGUGCUGUGCGGACCCUCAUGCGUAGACUGAAUCUUGUCAUAAUUGUGUACGAGCUAAUUCUUGGUGGCUGAGUGGUAUUUACGUACGUGAACUGACGUGGAUCAUGAGAUUAAUG